AUGUCCGGGCGCGCGGGCUCCUCGCUGGGAGAUGUCGAACUUGCCACGUUCGUAGCUGCAGGCGUUAGUAGUCCUCUUGAAGCUUCAGCCGAGAAUAAGUCUGUCGAAAGGGUUGAGAGCGCCCGUCCAUCACCACCAGAAUUAUCAAACGAAGUCCCAGAUGGCGGAUACGGCUGGGUCAUCGUGGCCGCAUGUAGCGUGAUCAUGUCUUUCGCCAUCGGCCUCACCUAUUCAUGGGGUGUGAUCCAAAACUCGCUCACCCGUCAAAACCUCGCUCCAGACGGCACACUCGCCUUCAUCGGAUCCACCUCCACCUCUCUCGUGGCUUUCGCAGCUUUCUUGAACGCCCGUAUCAUCCGAUGGAUUGGCACAAGGAAUGCUGCUCUGGUCUCAGUGGCGUUCCUCGCUUUGGGUCAGAUCCUGUCGAGCUUCUCGACGAAGAACGUAGGAGGGUUGUUCGUCACGAACGGCGUUUGCACUGGGUUUGGUGUCAGCUUGGCCUUCAUGGCAUGCAGCGCUCUUCCAGCGCAAUACUUCCUACGCCGGCGCGGUCUCGCUAACGGCUUCGUGUACGCCGGAGGAGGCAUAGGUGGCGCGGUCUGGUCAGUCUCUCUCGACAAGAUGAUAGCAAAGAUCGGCAUCCCAUGGGCUUUCCGGGUUCUCGGACUCAUCGCGCUGGCACUCUGCAUCCCAGCAGCGAUGCUUCUACGCGAGCGCACUCGCCGCGCAUCGCCGAGCCUCGAGUUACGACUCUUCGCAGAUUGGAAAUUCGCCCUCCUCUUCCUCGGCUGCGCAAUCGGCACAUUCCCACUCCUCGUCCCCGCUUUCUUCCUCCCCGGCUACGCCUCAACCCUCGGCGCAUCCUCUUUCCUCGCAUCACUACUCUUAGCCGUCUUCAAUCUUUCAUCCGCGGUGGGCCGUAUUGGCUUCGGAGUACUCUGCGACCGCAUCGGACCAGUCACAUCUCUAGCAUCGGCUCUGGCGUUGAGCGCUAUCAGCAUGCUUGCUAUCUGGCCGGCAAGCAAGAGUCUGGCGCCAUUUGUAGUGUUCGUGGUGCUGAACGGUGCGGGGAACGGAGGGUUCUUUAGUACAGUCCCCAGCGUCGUUGGGCACGUCUACGGUUCGCAGCGUGUGACGAAUGCGUUGGCGAUGCUCGUUUCUGGUUGGGCUUUCGGGUAUCUACUGGGUGCGCCUAUUGCUGGGUGGAUUCUCGGGGCGUAUGGAGGCUCGCAGACGGGGCUAGUGGCGUUUAGACCUGCAAUAUAUUACGCGGGCUCGUUGUCGGUGGCGGCUACCUUGCUUGUUCUAGCUGUACGACAGCUCAUCCUCAAAAGUUGGAAGGUCUUCGUGUAUGCUUAG